GGUAUUCGUCUCACUCGUAAAGGCUCUACAGAACGUGAUAUCUACGUGAUGAAUGGCUACGCCCCGCUGAACGAGGUGAGCCACGCCAAGACCGGCGUCGUCCACCACGAGAAGGCGGCCCAGCAUCGUCAGCUCCAGUCACAGUUCUGGGACACGUGCCACGCGGCCCUCCGUCAGAUCCCCCAGCGAGUGACAUUGCUCCUCACCCUGGACGCCAAUGCCGCCAUGUCCCCCUCACUGCCGUACGUCGGCUUCGCUGGACAGCGACGCCAGUUUGCAGCCACCAGCGCCAACGGCUCGCGCCUCCUGGAAGUCCUGGAGGACUUCCACAUGACGGCCCUCAACACGUUCGGCAAGAGCACGCGCCAGAACGGCACCUGGAAGCACACGACUGGCAAAGGAUGGACCACAAUAGAGUACGUCUGCACCCGCCUGAACGGCUCCUACGGCAUCAGAGCGGCCCCUCUGAGGACAAUUCUUGUUAGCAUGGGAGGCUACCGCGACCACCGACCCGUCGAAACCCUCGUGUAUGCUGGACUUAGAGCUAAGCGGGCUGCCGACCCCCGACCUGACCGAUGGAACCGCGAGGCCAUGGUAAGCGACUUGCAAGACCUGAAAGGCCGCUGGCAGGAAGAAUGCGGCGAGAUGCUCUGUUACGCCACGCCCCCGGAGUACUUCAACGCCAUCGAGCACACGGUCAUUGAGGCAGCGGCCCCGGACUACGUCCUGCAGCCCACGCAGACCCAGCGCCCCGAGCUGACGGACGCCACCCUGGCCCUGAUCGCAAACAAGCACGCCAUCCAGAAGCGCAUGGCCUACUGCUCCGACCCGUCGUCGCCCCGCGCUGUCUACCUCCAGGCCCUGCACGACGAGGCGGCCAAGCGUGCCGCCAAGGCUGUCCGAGCUGAGCGACGACAGCGCUUGGCGUCCACGGCUGCAGAGGCGGAGGCGGCAGAUGCGAACAUGAACCUGCGCGAGCUCCACAGCGUCACACGCCGUCUUGCUCCAAAGCCCGCGGCCCCAGUCAUCACGGUCACCAGCCCGACUACGGGCGGUGCAUGCAUGGGCGCGGAGGAGGAGAUUGUUGUCCGUGGAGAGGUUUUCUGCAACAUCUUUGGUGGCACCCAGAUCAACAUGGACAGCCCAGGAGGCCCCAUCGGCAUCCCCCCGAGGGACGACGCCCGCAUAGGCACAUACACAGUCGAUGACGUGACCAGGGCCAUUGCCAAAAUGCCUAACUACAAGAGCGCUCCUGUCCUCAAGUUGCCAUCGCUGGUCACGACUGGAGACCUCACCGCCACUGGUACCAAACCGACCUUCGAGGCAGACGGGUCCGUCAUCGAGCUGUGGAAGCUAUGUGCUGCUGAGACGGCUCCAGUACUCCACGGCGCUUUCCAGGCGUGCCAGGCCCUCGGCCACGCGGCUCAGCGCUUUAAAGAUGUCGAGACUGUCUCCCUACGCAAGCCGAAGGGUGACGGCAAGAACGCCAAGGACCACUACAGGACCAUCAACCUCAUCAACCACAUUGGCAAGGUUUACAUGAACGUCACCGCGAUGCCGCCCCUCCGCAACCUGGCGAGCAAGCUCUCUUACGCGCAGUUCGGCGCGCUGGCAGGCCGCUCUACGAGGGACGCUAUCGCGAUCGUGGCCGAAGUUAUCCGACGCUACCGGCUCCACGGCCGCGCACCCAGGCUCGGCUCUACGACGGUCCCAGGCAUGCUCAUGGCAGUCAUGAUCGACCUGGAAAAGGCCUUCGACUUAAUUGACCGUGAUGACAUAUGGCAGGCCCUCGAAGCCCUUGCUGCACGACGAGAAGUGCGUCUGACAGUGGAGGAGCUCCACGAGGGCACAUGCUACAUUGCCAGGGGCAUCCGCACCAACCGCCCCGCCCGCAAGCUACUCAUCCCACGCGGAGUGCGCCAGGGUAGUGUGGAGGGCCCUAUAUUGUUCGUUGCUGUCUAUGACCCUCUCACUCGUAGGCUCGGGCAGAGCCGGCAUGACUUCGAGUUCCCAGAGAUCACCGUCAUCUUCGACCCCUCCCUUCGCAACCUUCGUCACAGUCACGGGCUGUCGGGAGGAGAAGGUGAGGAGGCGCUCAAGGUGUCCCCUGUCAAAUUCGUUGACGACCUGAUUGCCCUCACUAUCGUUGAAGCGUUCGAUGCGGUCUCUCGGUUCCUGGAGUUCCUCAAAGCGGAAAUCACCAAGGGCAAGAUGAAGGGAGUCCUACGCCCCGCGCUCCCCGACUUACAGCAGAAAGAGCAGCCCGAGGACUCCGUGCAGGACCCUGAGGACCCCGAGGCCCAGCGCGACCCCGCGAAGCUGAUUCGGGCGGUAGUCUUCGGCAGGUUUAACUUCGAGGGGCCCAAGCACAAGGAAAUCAAUUCGCUGCCCGGCGUACUCCAGAAGGACCUCAGGACCCUGAACCAGUACCCUCUCGCCCUUGGCUCCGCUGGACCCAAGGGGCUCGACAACCAUUUGUUUAGCGUUCACGGCAAGUAUGCGAACCCCGCGGACCUCGCAGAGGACCAGCUGCGAGCCCUGAAGUGCCCCCACUGCUUGAUCAAGUUCAGUCGCAAGGAUACCCUGCGGGGCCCGAACCACCAGGACCUACCCCUCCCGCCCCGCGGCAAGAGUCGGACGCCCAUGUGGGGCCUCAAGAGCGCGAAGCAGUGGAAGAAGCCGAAGAUCGACCUGGCCCUCCCCGAGGAUACGGCCGAGUUGGACGCAAACGACAAGCUCCAGACCCUCAGGUGCCGCCUGAAGCUCCUCCACGAAGCCGCCCAACAGCUGCUCGCCCGAGACGACAACUUCACGCUGGCGGUGGCGGAGGGAUCGGAGCAGGAGAAGACUCUGGAGCACAGCUACCAGACCACAGUGACCACACCCGCGCGCGGGAUUCCUCACGGACUGCAGUAUGUCACGACCCUCUGGAUGAUCGUCCUUCACAAGGCCGAGGAGCUGCAGAUCGUGGAAGAUCCCGCUCCACACGACCAGGUGGAGCAGCCAGCCAAGGUGCCCGUCUCGACCCAGAUCGACACGAUAGUCACCAAGGUCGUCCGCAGCCACCAGAAGGUGAGCCUGGACAUGGUCGCGGACGCUCUCAAUAAUUUCAUGGGCACUCCAGCUGCGAGCCUCGCCGACGGCACCAGCUACCGCAUCGAGAAUAACCAAGUACGCUGGAUCUGGGCACCGACCAUCCACAUCGAUCUCAAGUACGCUCUGACGGCGGCGCGCGUACACGAGGACACUCCCGAGCUCUCCAUCCAGCAGCUCCUCCCCCUGAAGCAGGACGACGAGCUCGCGGGGCCGCUCGCCGCCGAAGCGACCACCAAAAAGCCCAAGACCGAGUAG